CCCCGGACCAUCCUCCGUACUCCCCCUUCCGCGUCCCCUAAGAUACCUUGCAUGGGAGCGCCGUUGAAGCUGGACAUUGUGAUCGUUGGUGCUGGGCUUGCAGGCAUUGCAUCGGCGUUCAGGCUGAGCCAAAUCGGUCACCGAGUACGUGUUGUAGACGAUCGUGACCAGGGCAAACGGGGGAGCACAGGAGUCCAAAUACCGCCAAACGCCACCAGGAUCCUAACAGAUUGGGGAUUCAAGCAGGACGUUGAGUCCUGUGGGCGCUCGAUGUCCCACGCAACGUUUUACUCCAUGGAUUCGGGCGAGUUCAUUGGACGCCAAAUUUGGAGAGAAGAGGUUAUGCGAGAGCUAGGAGCCAAUUGGCACUUCAUGCAUUAUCAAGAUUUGUACAAUAUGAUUUACAACGCCGCAAUCAAGGCCGGCGCUAAUAUACACUUUGGUAAACGAGUGGUGAACGUCCAAACCGAUUCAGAGCGCCCUUGUGUCACCCUUUCCGAUCGGAGCAUCUUACAAGCCGAUUUGAUCAUUGGCGCCGACGGUCCCAACAGUGUUGUUCGCAGGAUUUUAUUUGGUGACGGUCCUGUGAAGCCCGAGGGGCAUACGCUGUUCACAGGAGUAGUACCAGUGGAGCUAAUACACCAGGAUCUUGAGUUAUCAAGCUUAAGGAGGGCAGAUUGCGCAGAGUUACCUGUAUGGAUCGGCUCUUCGAAGCACAGCGAAGGAAUGUUGGUGCGCAACGAGACUGAGCUAUCAUUGCACAUAUUCGUCCCCAACGAUGAGCUACCCGCUCCCGACGAUGACAGCUGGGAAGACGAACCCAUGCCAGGACGCCCUCCUAGAUUUGUUGAUCCAAAGUUGCAGCGUCUGAUAGAUAUAUGUCCAGAAAUGUACCAACAGAAGCUCCUUAUCCGAGAAGCACCCGAAGAAUGGACAGAUGACUCAGGAAGAUUGCUUUUAAUCGGUCAAGCAGCCCAUCCAACACAUCCCUGUUGGUUACUUUCCUGCGCCAUCAAUCUGGAAGAUGCGGAGACACUGGGAGUCUUACUAUCUCGCAUCGCCGACCUCGACCAGCUUCCGGGGCUUCUCGAAGGCUUCCAGGAGGUCCGUGAACCCCAGUGCCAAUAUAUUACACAGACAGCGUGGCAGCAGACGGUUGGGGCGCUUUGGCUCCCCUCUGGCCCCGCUCAAGAUGCUAGGGACGAAGCGCUUCGUAUGAAGGAUGACGCCUGGGAUGAAGCGAUGAUGAGGGCACAGUUCGAUGGGUUCUUUGCCGCGCUUGGGUACAAUGCCCGCGAUGCUGCGGAAGAUUGGUGGACAACCUGGGGGCUCUUGAGAGAACGAAGCAAGGGGGUACAUCUUAUGGACAGUUUUUCUUCGUAUGGCGCGCACGAAUAAAUGGCUAGUAGUACGAACGCUUUACUACAUUGGUAUUUUUCCCGAUAGCAGUUUUCCAACCACAUAGUUAGUGGGGCUGAUGACGUGUACUAGCUGUGCACCUGCUGUGCUACCAAUGUCUACCAUUUAAUCUUAUC